UUCUAUUUCUCUGUCUGGCUUGGCUUGUGUUGAGUUGCUCUUCUUUCUUUCGUCAAUGUUUCGGUAUUUCCUUGUCUUUACUGUGUCUUCUCUUCUUCCGAUAGUUUUCAAGGAGACAGGUUUUCAGUGGUUCUCAGAUCUGGAAACUCUAUUUACCUUCCGUCUAGAAUUUUCUGUCCUCUCUGAGCAGCACUAGUCAUCUUUAGCCUUCUCUUGUAUAUUGGAAAGUUGGCCUCUGCUGGACUUUUUGUGAACAAAUUCAUUUACUGAAAAGACUGUAUGACUAUGGAGUUACAUAACAAAAUGAGAAUGGAUCCUAGCCUUAUAGAGUUGGCGAAGGGUUAAUGAAGUUUAAUGAUUUAUUCACUGGGAGCACGAAAAGCUCCAGAGAACUCCUUAUUUCAGUAUUAAGCAGUCUUAUCGAAGGUUUCUUUCCAAGAGAUGUUAUAAGAUAUCAACGGUUAAAUUGAGUUUAUUGAAAGAUUAAACUUGUCUGGGAUAUAGUGAAAAUGGACAGGUCAGAUACAUCUGGUUUUGUAAGUGGUGGAAGCUGUAUAUUGGAAUUUGUCGUUCUACUAGUCUUAAAGUUCUGGUUGGUAAGUGAGUAUUGUGGUAGUAUGUGGUGAACUGUUCUGCUGCUUCAACCUUCUGUAGCUGUAGUAUACAACAUCUGAUAAUGGAUUUAAACAUGAAAGCUUUACUGUCUCCUCAUGAUGCUGAACUCAGGAAAGAUGACAACUUCGGCGAUACUACAUUAUGCUUGAAUGGCAUUGGUUUUGGGGAAACAAAUAAGGCUACUUAUAGAUCUAGUGAGAGCAAUACUGGGAUGAAGUUUUCCAAUGCUUCUGAUGAUGGCUGCAGAUUGGUUUUGGGAUUGGGCCCAACCCCAAUGGCAUAUGACGAUGGCUACAACAAUUUGGGUUUUAGUGCAAAAAAAAAGUCAGCGAAUCUUUUUCCUCAGCACGUGCCAUCUGAAUGUGACUCAGUUCUUCAACUUGGCCUUUCUGGUGUAACAAAUGAGGCAUCAAGUGUACUUGACUGCUCAGGUUCAACCGAGACUGAUGUGAACGUGUCAUGUUUCUCAAGCCAAACGUCUGCAGAUAAUUAUUUUUCUAGGAUUCCUGUUGUUGAUGAGGGCUCUACCUCAGCAAAGAAAUCAGGUGGCUAUAUGCCAUCACUUCUUUUAGCUCCAAGAAUGGAUAUUGCAAAAAGUUCGGUGCAGGUACAACAAUUAACUAAUGGAACUAAACCUCAAUUAUGCUCAGAACCAUCCAGUGUUGUAAAUUACUCAAUUGAUCCUGCAUCUGGGCCCCAGGCUACAGGGAUAACUUCAGAGACCCGAACAAGCAAUCCUAAGAGAUGUAGAUUUUUUGGCUGUACAAAGGGAGCGCGAGGUGCUUCUGGACUUUGCAUUGGACAUGGUGGUGGACAGAGAUGUCAGAAACCAGGAUGCAACAAAGGUGCUGAGAGCCGAACUGCUUAUUGUAAGGCCCAUGGUGGAGGGAAGAGGUGCCAACACUUAGGAUGUACUAAAAGUGCCGAGGGAAAGACAGAUUAUUGCAUUGCGCAUGGUGGUGGUAGGCGAUGUGGUUAUCCCGAUGGGUGCACAAAAGCUGCGCGAGGUAAGUCCGGACUUUGCAUUAGACAUGGAGGGGGUAAGAGGUGUAGAAUAGAUGGUUGCACUCGGAGUGCUGAAGGGCAGGCUGGGUUGUGCAUAUCUCAUGGGGGUGGGCGCCGUUGUCAGUUGCAAGGAUGUACAAAGGGUGCACAAGGGAGCACUAUGUAUUGCAAGGCACAUGGUGGUGGGAAGCGAUGCUCAUUUGCAGGGUGUACCAAGGGUGCGGAAGGAAGCACCCCACUGUGCAAGGCACAUGGUGGGGGAAAGCGCUGCCUUUUCAAUGGAGGUGGCAUUUGCCCCAAAAGUGUACAUGGAGGCACAAACUUUUGUGUUGCUCAUGGUGGUGGGAAGAGGUGUGCUGUUGCAGGUUGCACCAAGAGUGCACGUGGCCGUACCGACUGUUGCGUUAGGCAUGGUGGGGGUAAGCGAUGCAGGUUUGAAGGUUGUGGGAAAAGUGCUCAAGGGAGCACAGAUUUCUGCAAGGCCCAUGGCGGAGGAAAGCGAUGUAGCUGGGGAGAUGGAAAGUGUGAGAAAUUUGCAAGGGGAAAGAGUGGCCUCUGUGCUGCUCACAGCAGCUUGGUGCAAGAGCGGGAAAUGAACAAGGGCAUGAUUGCUCCUGGACUUUUCCGUGGUCUCGUAGCUGCUGCUUCCACUGCCUGUAGCAGUUUUGAGAACAAUUCUUCCUCAGGCGUCAGUGUUGUGUCUGACUCCUAUGAUUCUAUGGAAACUCCAGCACAAAGACACCUCAUACCGAAGGAGGUGUUGGUUCCGCUUUCAAUGAAGUCACCGUCUUAUUCGAACUUCUUGACUGCUAAGAAACCAGACCAAGACAGAAACUGCCAUAGCUCCGCCGCAGGCUGCAGCACUGCUCAGAAAGGCCUAGACUUUAAUCUGCCGGAGGGCAGGGUUCAUGGCGGCGAUCUCAUGUUGUAUUUUGGAGGGAAUCUCAAAAAUGCCCUUGACAUCAUCUGAAACGGGAUGGAGCUGUUGUCUGCUAGUUGUAGAUUCAGUUUAGUGAUUAGGACCAUUUCCAUGAUGGAAUUGUGCAUAAAGCUUUGUUGCUGCUUGUUCAAUAACUUGUGUAUAGUUGUUGGGUGUUAUUAGCCAUUAGUCUCUUAUUGUUUGUAGUGCUUCCUUAGUGCGAUGGCUUUCAUUAUUCAAUGUAAGGUGGCAACGUCAAAACCAAGUCCACUGCUACAAACAGCACCAUGCUGUGGCGUGGAUUUGCUCCAAUCGAAUCAUUGUAUUCUUAAACUUCUAGUUUUAGUUUGUUUCAAAA